AGUCACCGCAGACGCCAUUUCCUCAGCGCCCCCGCGGCGGCGCGGCUGCAUCAGCGCUGACGUGAGACCGACGUGCGGCUCCGCCCGGCCCAAUCCCCCCCACCCCUUGUGACGGGGGCACCACGUACAGGGCGGCGGUGCAGGCUUUGGUAGGAGAGAGAGAGGGAGCCGAAGAGAACCAAGCUCUUGUUUUAAAACUCACAACUUCCGGUAUGACUAAGUAUGUCAAGAAAUACAGAAAAGCAACUGCCAGACAGAUGACCAUGGAAAUGGUUGAAUCACAACAGGAUGACAGUGCAGGGGAUUGUAUGCCAGAGAGAGAUGCUGUUCGUCUUCAGAAUCAGCCAGGCCGAAGUCAUAUUUCUCAAGGGUCUGAGGUUUCUGUAGCUGCAUCAAGUGCUGGAAGAGGAUCUCCAGCUCUAACUCUAGUGCAUUUGCCUUCUGGUCAAACAGUUCAUGGCCAGGCUGUCAUUCAAGCCACACAGCCCUCAGUCAUUCAGUCACCACACAUGCAAGCUGUUCAGGCAGCAUCGAUUGCAGAUGAAUCUGCAGAAUCAGAAGGGAUAGUUGAUUCUCAAAAGCGUAGGGAAAUACUUUCAAGAAGGCCUUCAUACCGAAAAAUUUUGAAUGAACUCUCAUCAGAUGCUCCUGCAAUACCGAAGAUUGAAGAAGAAAAGUCAGAUGAUGAAGGAGUGCCUUCUGGAAUUCCUGCAAUGGCCAUGCCAGCUGGCCUAUAUCACUCUAACACAGGGCAAUACAUUACUAUAACUCAAGGUGGUGCAAUCCAGAUUUCUAAUCCAGCCUCUGAUGGUGUCCAUGGACUACAGACAUUAGGAAUGACAAAUUCGGGAGCUCCUCAGCCAGGUGCUACCAUUGUGCAAUAUGGAGGACAAUCACCACAUAGCACACAACAGUAUUUUGUUCCAGGAAGCCAAGUUGUUGUUCAAGCUGCCACUGGAGACAUGCCAGCUUACCAGAUUCGAACUCCCACUACUACCUUACCUCAGGGAGUGGUAAUGGCUGCCUCACCGGGGACUUUGCAUAGUCCUCAGCAACUGGCAGAAGAGGCAACUCGCAAGAGAGAGCUGAGACUUAUGAAAAAUAGGUAGGCAUUGCACCUGACUCAAGGGAUUUUGAAACUUAAGAGGAAGAAACUUGGGCAUGUAGUACAUGUCUCCACAGUAAAAGCAUUUCUUUAUCUUCACAAUAGUAUUUGGUACUAACUGUAGUUAGAAAUUUUAUAGGAGAAAUCUGUGUCUAUUCCACGUCUGUGUUGUCAACAGUCAUUCCCUAGCUAAUUCUUUUAAAGCAUUUGAUUAAUGUUUAUUUUUUAUUUAAAUGUUUACUUGAGUGUGGGUGGUGCUUUGUUAAUAAUGACAGCUAACCGCUCUUGGUGCGUGUUUGGUCAUUCUGGAAAACUCCCAUUUGAUUUAUCUAUCUACACGAGGGAAAAGUAUCCUGCUUCAGAAAAGCCAACUGCACAGAACCUGGCUCAUUUAGAUAAGACUAGGGAAAAAAAUAAAGUUUAUGAUGUACAUAAUUCUUCCAUGCUCAGUAAUUCAGUUUGGUUAGUAUUAAUUUGACAGAAUUAGCCACAGACAUUUCUGUAUUUUAAAGUAAAAAUGAGUUUGUUGGUGAAUAAGAACAUUUAAAAUUAAAGUCAGUAAAUUAGAACGAAGAUGUGUCUUGUGAAGGAAAUAACUUAUUUGAAAAUGAGCAAAGGAAGAUCUGCACGUAUGCCAAGAAUCUGUUGUCCAAUUGCUACUGCAGAAAUUACUAUAUAAAACAACAAAUCUAGUAGCGAGUUGGUUUGACAGAUGUACAUUGAAAACUUUGUGAGAGAAUUCCCCGAGAGUAAAGGAAGAUUAGAAGGAAAAGUCAGUGUACCACCAGGGUUUGUCAGAGAAAUAAUACCAAAAUGCUUAAGUGAGAUGGGACUGCAGGAGCCUGGGUCACUGUAUAUCAGUAUAUCAGAAGAUUAAAGCAAUAAAUAGGGUAUAUGCUAGGAUACACAAAUUAGUUUAGAUUAUAAAGGAAAAUAAAUCAUACUAAGUCUUCCUUCAGUUUGUUUCCUCUUUUAAGGGUCAAUGUAGCCCUCAAGUUUUAGAUCGGUGUGGGACUCAUUUCGUUCGACAUCAGUGUCAUGUUUCUGAAGGUAUAUCAGCACUGGAAUCCAAAGUAGAUGCACAUGUGCUAUGAAUGAGAAUUUUCCUUUUGACUUGCUGUCCACCAAGCUUGCAUUUGUGCGUGUAAGUCCUGUGCUUGCUAGUGCUCCUCUCUCAGGGCAGAAAAGGUGAAAUUGUUGCUUCUUACUCUUCAUGAAACAAACUGGAGUUUGACUGGGGGCUGAAUCUGUAACUGCUAAAGUUCUUGUGAGGUGACACUAACACAUUUUGUAAGUUGUGCUGCCUAACAUUCUGGGCAAAACUGCUUAUGUUUGUAGAAUGGCACCCGCUUUCUGGAUACCAGGUCAAGAAAAGGUCAGUUUAUAUUGGUUGUAUUGAACUUCUUAGAGUAAAUCAUCAUCUAAAUCAGUUACUGUUAUUUUUACUGAGGAUAUAUUUUGAUGGGAGAAACUGCUUUCUGGAUUUUAUCUGUCUCUUCACUUUGUGACCAGUUUUGGUUUACCAAAAGGCCAAACAAUCUUGUUGCAGACAAUUACCAUGUGGAUCAGAUGCUGAGCUCAAAGUAUUUCCUUCAGUGACAAUGGCUGGAAAAACUGUCCCUUUGACUUUAUUCAUGUCUCCUUCUUUGUGAUAUAGAUAUGAUAGAUCUAUCCUUUUUCCUAGAAAUACCAUCAUCUAAAAUCGUACAGUGCAAAUGUGCAAACUGUUGGUUUUUGUGCAAGGUUUGUGAUGUGGCUGUCAAUCACAUACCCAAGGAAACACAGUACCAGUGCCUGUUGUGGUUCAUGUGUGUGCUGGGACUUGCACUCUGUCCUCAUUUUGCUGCUUCAGUUCCCAGUUGAAUCAGGCUCUGGGUUCAGUAUUCUUUCCAAAGAACUUCUCAACCACAAGAUUAAAACCCACCUUCUGUCUUGUUGCAUGUGUGUGGUGUUUUAAUGCCUUUUCCCACAUUUUGAUGCUGUUUCUGCUCUCAGAGGCUGCUAAGAAUCUGCAAAUAGCAACUGAAGAGGUGUUCAGUCUUAAUUAUCUUACUCAAUCACAGUCUCGUUUGACAAGGCUGGGAAGCACCUACUUCUCUAUUAAAAACAUAGCUCUGAGCUCUGGAUACCAGUAUAAUUUCCAGAGGAAUCUGAUUCCAGUUCAGAUUUGUGAAGCAGAGUCCCUGGUAUGGUUCAGGAGAAAGGCCUUUUGAACACAGUAUUAUUCUUAAUACAGAAACAUUAAAUGAAUCUGAGUUUGUUUACUACUAAAGAAUCUGAACACUGCCCAAGCUUUGAUUUAUCAGAGCCAGGACUUUUUUUUUUUUUUUCAGUACCAGGAAAGAAAAGACUGAAAUUCUUGUGAUUUUCAUUCUGUAAGAAAACUGCAUCCCUGAGUUAUCCCUUGCUGAAGCCAUGCAGCUGUUUGCAGAUUUCUUUGUAAUAGAUAGCUGGAGGAUCUGCUUUUACUUUACAGAAAGCUAUAUCCAAGACUGCAUGGAUGUUGUUUUGUUUUUCAAAUAGAAUUUCACAGAGCUCAGGGGAAAUGGUCUCUUGAAAAAUGUCUUCAACAUCCUAGAGUUGUGGGUGAUGAGGAAUGUAAUAGUCAGCUUCCUCUUAAGGUACAGCUUUGAGUCAUAGCUGUUUUCUUCCCCAUCUAAAUGGAGUGGGGAGCAGAGUUAUAAAGAGAAACCUCUAGGUUAUCUGAGCAGAGCUGUCUGUUGACUGUGUUAAACAGCCUCAGCUGUUGUGAUCUGGAAAAAAGGGAUUAAAAUAAGUAUAUUGUGUGAGUAGGUGUGGGUUUGGCUUCUUUGGUGGUUUGUUUGGUUGUUUGGUUUGGUUGUUGGGUUUUUUGGGGGGAGUGGGAGGUGUGAUUAUCACUUCCCAUGGAUUUUUCUGUUUGCAAGAAUAAUUGUAGCAUUUUCUGCCUGCACUGAUGCAGUCCUAAGGAAUGCAAGCUCUCUUGUGUCUCACUUGUUCUCCAGGGUUUUCCUUUCCUUGUCAAACAUAAUCGCUUAUGUAGUACCAUUCUCCUGCAGACAUCAGUGUAACAGCUAAAUCCACUGUGAUCUUUUUCUGAAUGAAGUAUCACUUAAAAGGAGACAAAAGGAUCUGCUCAGCUUCUGGUUUGGAUUGACUCAUUUUGCCCACUUUUCUGUUUAAAAUCCACUUGGUGUUCAUGUAUGUGGGGGUGUACAUGACAGAAAUGUAUUGAAUGUUGAGCAGUUCAGCAGCUGAUAGAAGUUGCUGCAUUUUGAUUGUUAGCAUUUUUGUAUAAAAUAUUGUCUUAUGGGGAGAGGGUUUAAUUUGGUUGGGGAUUAUUUUUUUUAGGGCACUAUGAGGCUCUUCUGGAUGAGGGAUAACAAUAAUUUCAUUAUUCCAGCAAAAACUAUGUUAGUUUUAAUAUUUGCUUUAUUUAAACACUGAGGAAAAUGAGAGCAGUUUGACAGUAUCUCAUGCAGACUGGCAAUGGCAGGUAGCAAAAAUCAGUUAAUUCUUCUUCUGUCUCUAAUGAAUCUUUUUCAGUUCAUUUUCUCAGGUUUCUGGGUGUUUUCCUACUGCAGAGGUAGAGCUUUCUUCUUGCAAAUUGCUUGGUAGACAUAGUUAUGAAGCAGAAGCUGUAGAUAUGCACAAAGUCUCAAAGAGAAAGAGGGCAAUAGGAGAGUUGAAUGCAGUGUGUAGACUAAGAAAAAAAAACAACUUCAUUGUAUUCUGUAUGACUUGAAUGGAAAAAACAGCGAAGGAAGUGUCUUUGUUAUAGUAACUGCUGAGGUUUUUCCUCUCCUUUAAUAGCCGUAUCAGUGGAAUCGGGUGUGAUUAAUACAUCUCGUGAAUGGAAUUAUAACUAUAAAAAUGGCACAAAUCAGAAAUCUGGUUACCUAGCCAAGCCAUUGUUUUAGUUUUGUGGUUUCAAAGGUACAAUUUCCAAAUGGUCUUGAAUGAGGCUUUUAAUGGUCUUAUUUUCAUGAUUCCUACACACACGCUCUCCUCCUCCCUCCCUCCCCCCGUCCCCCCUGCCAAAUGUGGUUGUGCUUAUACUAGAUAGAAGCUGCUGAGGAGUUUAACAAAACGAGUUGGUACCAUCGUGCCUGCUUUUUUCAGAGUAGAUCUCUAAAGAUUUUAUUUAUUUAUUUGUUUGUUUUCGGCAAGGUAUUUAUUAUGUUUCCAGCUUUCAUUAAUUCUUACAGAAGCAAGAGAACUCCAAACACAUUUUUACAUUUUAUGCAUACUGAAGUGUUUGCUGGAUGAAAUCAGUUUUGAAGAAUUAGAUUCUCAAAGGCCCUGGUUGUAUGAGCUAACAGUUUUCAGAACUUUGUCAGGUGCCAUACAAACAAGAAAAUGCUUAAAUCCUUACACAACUGCCUCUUUACCAGUGAAAUUCUCACUUGCUUCAUAUUAAUCUUUUUUCCUGUAAAAUGACAGCUAGGCACUCAUAUCUGUGUCUGAUUUCCUUCUAGUAUAUUUUGAAUGUGAUGGUCAGUUUCAGUUAAAGUUGAUAGAUAUGUCAAAGAUCUCUCAAGCUCAUGAAAAUUGGUGGUUACCAAAGAGGGCAUGGACUUAACGGAAUGAAAAGCUACAUUGUAAGCUUUGUUAGAUAUAAGAAAACCUACUUGGAAUUCUCUCCUGUUAGAUUUCAGAGAAUUAAUUCACUGAUUGUAAGUGAAAUGAGGUUUCAUUAGUUUUAUUGCAGACAACUAUUUCUAUUUUGGGGGGCUGAACAUAAUUUCCAUGGAAUACACUGUAUUUAUUUAAAAAGAUAAUCUGUUCCUAGAGAAAGUGUAUUUCAUUAGAAAGCUUAAAUACCUUUCAGACCUAAGCUAUUGGGUCUGAAGUUGUUCUCUGCCUGUUCACUAAGCCAACAGUAGUUAACUAAAGGACAGUGGAACGUACCCAGAUAGAACACUUGCUGGAUGCUGUCCCAGGUUUGAACAGUUACUGACAAUAUUGCGCACUUCAGCUAGGAAAGUACGUUAAAAAUAGUCUGGAUUUGAAGUACAGUAUUUACAAUAAAAAAUGCUCACUGCCUUUA